UGGUGCUUUGCUCUAAAUCUUUCUGUGAUAUUGACCUUGCCGGACGGAACGAUUCAGUGACAAUUAGAAGACUUUCUUCCGACCCUUGAUACACACAGCCUGGAAUCCUCUUUGGAGUAUAAGAAAGCCUUUCUUCGCUGCGUCUCUUCCCAUCCUCACUCCCACAGGAUUUUAAAUUUAACUCACACUCGCUUUCUCACCGACAAUGGUUGCUUCGCGCCUGACUAUCUUUUUCUUCGUCGCUCUCUUCUCCACACUGGUUGCGUCCGUGCCUUUCCCCGCCAAACGACAGGAAUCGUCUAUCUCUGAUGUCCUCACGACGCUCCAAUCCGCUUUGAGCGCUGUCUUGCCUGAGAUUGAUACCCUCGUCUCUUCUGCUACCGCCAGCGACGAUACUGUCACCCCUCUGAUUCAGGACGUCGUCUCUGCUCUCGAUGACGCCACGUCUUCACUUUCCGGCCUGACGGUACUGGGAGGAACGGAAGAUGAGGUUUCUAGUCCUGUCACUGAGACUGCCACUGACAUGACCCAAACCUUCAGCGGCCUCCUCAGCGUCGCUGAUGAUGUCCCUUCACUUGGAGGACUCCUCUCGAGCGUCGAUACCUCCUUGAGCCAGGUUAUCAGUGAAGCGGAUACCACAGUCCCUGGCAUCUCUAGCCUCACCAGUGUUACUAGCCUCUUGGAGCCCCUCGGUUUGGGUAGCAUCCUGGGCUCCCUGAACCUCUAAGGGUAGAUACCCCUCUUUUAAUCUUUGAACACCGCGUAGUACAUAGGAUAUUAAGUGUCGCUUCUUACUUCAUUACAUUUUGUCCAUACAUACACACCCGUCGCAUUAACGCGAAAGUUGGAAAUAUAUUCGUGUGGAUUCAUUUC